GACGAUGGCGAUGACACCUUACUGUCUGCUGCUGUCCUGUCUUCAGAUCAGUCCUGAUAGUUCCCAGUUCUUCAGGUAUGACUCCAUUUCUCUGAGCUGUGAUGAUCCUCUGAACUCCACCGGUUGGAAGGUGAAGAGGAGAACAGACAGCGGGGUCAGACCCUGUGGGUCCGGCUGGGGCUCCGUCCUCUCGGGUUCUGGCUGUACCAUCAAAGACAUGUACCCGUCUGACAGCGGCGUGUACUGGUGUGAGUCUGUGGACGGCCAGCGCAGCAACGCUGUCAACAUCACUGUCUCUGAUCGUUCUGUGAUCUUGGAGAGUCCUGCCCUCCGUGUUAGAGGGACACAAAGUGAUCUGCGCUGCAGAGCCGAGUCCAACUCGCCCCACUACAAGAUGUUUCAGUUCUAUAAAGAUGGAGGCCUCAUCGGGAGCAGCUCUUCAGGAAACAUGACCAUCCGCAGUGUUUCCAAAUCCGAUGAAGGACUUUAUAAAUGUAGCAUCGCAGGAUCCAAGCAGUCAACGGCCAGUCGGCUCUUUGUCAAAGCUUCACUCCCAUCUUCAGCUGAAGCACCAUAUUCAGUUUCCAUCUCCAGAGUAGUGUGUCACCUGGCAGCAGGAAUGCCGUACCUCCUGUCCACUGUUCUACUGGGACUCAUCUACAGGGACCGGAAGAGAGCAGCUCUAGUGGUCACAAAGAGAAGAAACAGCGAUGAUGUCAUCAUGGAAGUAGCGGAAACUCAUUAGCCUCAUGUCCUGUCCUGGUGAUCCGGAUUCACUCAGCUAAAUUCUGUUUCUACUCAGCUGACGACCAACAAAGACUGAAAAAAACCUGAGAGGAAUCUGUGCAGUGUUUCUCUUUGUGAAUCCUCAAAAAGUGCAGCGGAGGUCACCAUGCAGACCCCAGCUUUGGAAAUGCAAGAAACAGACAUUCAAACUGUCAUUUUAAGCAACAUGUAACUUCAAAACACGUUGAGAGAGAAGGAAGAAAGAAAAGACCAUAACUGCUGCUAAGCAACCUUAAAACAACGGUUAAUUUUGUCGUGGAGACUAUGGACAGAGUCCUUGAUCACCAGACGAGAGUCUAAGUGUUUUAGUUGUGCUCAGUUCUUCAGAAAGAUCUUCUAAAAGAUGUCCACAAAAGUCACAAAAAAUCAUCUCAAACCCACAAUUUUUAUUUUACAAAAUCCACAGUCAUCAAAAACACCGGAACAGCUUCGAUUUACACUGGUUUGUAUUCAUCUUAAAAUGAAGUUCUUUACUUAAAUUUUCACCCUAUGGCAUUUUUAAAAAGCAGCAUACAUUUUGCACACAGCUUUUUUUUUUUUUUUUUUUGUAUACUUUUGAAUAUAUCAGGUGUGUUUUUCUAAAUGGUAUGAACUAGUAAGCGCAAGAAGAGUAUAUACUUUAUCCUUCUAAACCUUAUCUGUUAAAUGUUAUCAGUAUUACACAACAUAAUCAUCUAUCAUCACUGGUCUGAAAAAUGUUUUUUAUCCCUCAGGCCAUCAGGCUACAACUCCUCAAUUGGGGGGAGCAACAGGAAGACAGGGAACAGGAAGGAGAGUAACAGUAGUAGCCAGUAAGGCAGUAGCGAUCAGUAUUUUUGGUGUUUGUAUUUACAUUUUGCAAAUUAUUUUUACUUUUGAUACUCUGUGUGCUUCUUACCCUGUGUACUGCUAU